AUGGAUACAAUGAAAAGAAGAGCUGACAAAAGACCGAAAGAUGACGAGCCCUCACAGAUUUGGCUUGUGCAUAAAACACCCCGGUUGUUGAGACAGUGGUGGGAAAAUAUGGGCAUUUGUGGGCAGGAAAAGAUAAAGGACCAUCUGGGUCACUUUAUGAACAUUAUGGAGAUCAACCCAAGGAGGGACUUAAUCGAGGCAUUGGUGCAUUUCUGGGAUCCUAAUUACAACGUAUUCCGUUUUAAUGGUUUUGAAAUGACUCCCACUUUGGAGGAGUUAGCUGGAUACACAAGGUUAGGUGAUGAGCUUCGGAAGAAGAGACCUUUGGCCUCAAGGGAUGUCACUGGCAGUGAGUUCCUUGAGCAGAUGACAAUCAGCCAAAAUAAAAUAGCAAGUGUGGAACGAGGGCACGUCCGAUUGGAUUUCUUGUACGACAGGUAUGGGUGUCCAGGUGGAUUUUCAAAGCACGGAAAGGAGCUUGAUAAUAAAAUUGGAUACAAAGCUUGGCAAAGCCAUGGGCGGAAAGCAUUCCUCGUGGCAUUUCUAGGGACAAUGGUUUUUCCGAGGCAUGACAAAAAUAUUGAUAUUCGAUUAUCUGGCAUAGUCACCACUUUAUUGCAUCGAAAGGACGUCACUAUCAUUCCUAUGGUAUUGUCUGAUAUUUAUCGUGCCCUGACCAAGUGUCAGGAAGGAAAAGAUUUCUUUGAAGGCUAUUUGACUGAAGACAGUAGCUUCCCCAAGGGAGUCGAAGCAUGGAGAGGGCAUCUUCAAAAGUUGACCGCUACUGAAAUCACACGGAACUACCACUGGUUCUCACCAAAAGAAGUCAUAUACAAAUCUUGCCACCAUUCGUUUUUGAUUUUGAUGGGUCUUCGGGGUUUUCAACCGUAUGUGCCUAUGAGAGCCCUACGCCAGUUAGGUCGAAAACAAGUAGUGCCCACAGUGGAACUCAUGCAAAGAUUCACAUGGGAGGUAAUAUCAGAGGAUCUUGUUCGUGAGGCUUAUGCUCAACAGGUUUGGGAUAAAAUUAAGGUGCUUGAAUCUCACACUAUGGUGGAAGAUCAGGAUCGAGGAGAGUUAGACCCGGCAUAUUUUGAGUGGUUCUAUGACCAAGAUGCUUUGAGAUCCAGGCAAGAGACAGUUCUGAAGAGCACGACAGAAUGA